GCUGCUCUCUCCCCCAAGCCUGUCAAAACAAGCUCUUCAAGUUUGGGGCUCUGCUCAAAAGAAACUGAAAGCGGGAUUCCCUUGCCUGCCUCUCCGAGCUCUGCACCGGGCACGCAGCGGGGCCAGCACAGAUGGAUUUAAUACUAGUCCUUUGGGCUUGCGUGGCCUCUGCCAGAGCAGUUGCCGGAUUUGGAACGGAUCCCAAUUUACAAAUUGAUAUUAUCACAGAACUGGAUCUUGUGAAUACAACUAUUGGAGUUACGCAAGUGUCAGGACUACAUGCUAGCAAAGCAUUUUUAUUCCAAGAUGUAGAACGAGAAAUCCAUGCAGCACCCCACGUGAGUGAGAAGUUAAUUCAGCUCUUUCGGAAUAAAAGUGAGUUCACGUUUCUGGCCACCCUGCAACAGCGGGCAUCAACUUCUGGAGUUGUACUGUCCAUCCGAGAGUUGGAGCACAGCUACUUUGAACUGGAGAGCAGCGGCCUGAGGGAUGAGAUUAGAUAUCAUUAUAGAUUUAAUGGAAAGGCAAGAACAGAGGUGUUCCCGUACCGGAUGGCAGACGGACAGUGGCACAAGAUUGCACUGUCACUUAGCGCAUCCCACCUUCUGCUUCAUGUUGAUUGCAACAGGAUUUAUGAACGUGUCAUAGAUCCUCCAGAAAUGAAUCUAACGCCAGGAAGCAGUUUAUGGCUAGGACAGCGGAACAGGAAACAUGGUUUUUUUAAGGGCAUCAUUCAAGACGUGAAAGUCAUCUUUAUGCCCAAUGGAUAUAUAACUCAGUGUCCUAAUCUGAAUCGCACAUGCCCAACUUGCAGUGAUUUCUUAAGUCUGGUGCAAGGAAUCAUGGAUUUACAAGAGCUCCUGGCAAAAAUGACUGCAAAACUAAAUUAUGCAGAAACGAGGCUUAGUCAAUUGGAAAACUGUCAUUGUGAGAAGACUUGUCAAGUAAAUGGAGUGAUCUAUCGAGACAAAGACUCAUGGGUAGAAGAUGAUCACUGCAGGAAUUGCACAUGCAAAAGCGGAGUAGUGGAGUGCCGAAGGAUGUCCUGUCCCCCUCUGAACUGUGCUCCUGACACCCUCCCAGUGCAUAUGGGAGGCCAGUGCUGCAAAGUAUGCAGGUCUAAGUGUAUCUUUGGAGGCAGAGUGUUAGCAGAAGGUCAGAGGGUUUUAACCAAGAACUGCAGGGAAUGCCGAAAUAGAGUUUUAGUAAAAGUAACAGAGACCUGUCCUCCAUUGAACUGCUCAGAAAAAGAUCACAUUCUUCCAGAGAACCAGUGCUGCAGCGUUUGCAGAGGUCAUAACUUUUGUGCAGAAGGCCACAGAUGUGGUGAAAAUUCAGAGUGCAAAAAUUGGAACACAAAAGCUACUUGUGAAUGCAAGACUGGUUAUAUAUCUAUCCAGGGGGACUCAGCAUAUUGUGAAGAUAUUGAUGAGUGCGCUGCUAAGAUGCAUUAUUGUCAUGCCAAUACAGUGUGUGUUAACCUGCCUGGAUCAUAUCGUUGUGACUGUGUCCAAGGAUACAUCCGUGUGGAUGAUUUUUCAUGUACAGAGCAUGAUGAAUGUGGCAGCGGACAGCACAACUGUGAUGCGAAUGCAAUCUGUACUAACACUGUCAGGGGAUAUAGCUGCACCUGCAAACCUGGAUAUGUGGGGAAUGGGACCAUCUGUCGAGCAUUCUGUGAAGAGGGAUGCAGAUAUGGUGGGACAUGUGUGACCCCUAACAAGUGUGCCUGCCCUUCUGGAUUCACAGGGAGUCAUUGUGAGAAAGAUAUUGAUGAGUGUGCAGAGGGGAUCAUUGAGUGUCACAACCAUUCACGCUGUGUUAACCUCCCAGGGUGGUACCACUGUGAGUGCAGAAGCGGUUUCCAUGACAAUGGAACCUACUCACUUUCCGGGGAAUCCUGUAUUGAUAUUGAUGAAUGUGCCUUAAGGACCCACACCUGUUGGAACGAUUCAGCCUGCGUGAACUUGGCGGGAGGUUUUGACUGUCUGUGUCCCUCAGGACCAUCUUGCACUGGUGACUGCCCACAUGAAGGUGGCUUGAAGCGGAAUGGUCAGGUGUGGACGCUGAAGGAAGAUAGGUGCUCUGUUUGUUCCUGUAAGAACGGGAAGAUAUUUUGCCGGCGAACAGCUUGCGAUUGUCAGAACCCCAGCGUUGAUCUCUUUUGCUGCCCAGAGUGUGACACAAGAGUGACCAGUCAGUGUUUAGACCAAAAUGGUCAUAAGGUGUAUCGUAGUGGGGACAACUGGACCUACAGCUGUCAGCAGUGCCAUUGUCUGGAAGGGGAAGUGGAUUGUUGGCCUCUUUUAUGCCCAAAUCCAAACUGUGAGUACACCGCAAUCUCAGAAGGAGAGUGUUGCCCCCGCUGUGUCAGUGAUCCCUGUCUGGCUGAUCAGAUCACUUACGAUAUCAGAAAAACCUGUGUAGAUGGCUAUGGAAUCACAAGGCUCAGUGGCUCUGUAUGGACAAUGGCUGGAUCUCCGUGUACAACUUGCAAAUGCAAGAAUGGGAAUGUCUGCUGUUCUGUGGAUUUAGACUGUCUUCACAAUAACUGAAGCAUUAAGAUUGGACUCUUCUCUGUGAGGAAAAUUGACGCAGUUAACAUCUAAAAUAAAGUUGUAAGAGUUGGUGUUUUAUACAACAGACAAUUCCAAAGUCUCCACCUGAGUAAGAUGUUUGGGAGUUGCCUUUGGGACCUACCACAAUGCUAUCCUUGUCUGGGUGACUUUACAGUACAAAGCAUAUAAGUCUAUGGUUGUUAAAAAAGUUUUCAGUGUUGUAAAUUAUUCACUUUUCCUGUCACAUCAUUUACAAAUACCUUUAAAUUAUUUCAUGGGUAAACUAAUGAUGUAAUUUUGGUUUAAUUUGUGUAUUGACAACAUGAUUGAAGCUCAGAUUAUUUUACUUUGAAUCUAGAUUCUACAACUAAGGCUGCCUGUUGUGAUUUUGUCCCAUAAUACUGCAUACUUAGUUCUAAGGUCUCUGUCAGAUGUAUUUAUGAAAAUAUGUAUGUAUGUACAGUCAAAUUGCAUAAUACUUAUAUUUCAUAGCUGUCACACAUUGUAAAACAUUCCAAAGUACAUUUGACUUGUACAGGCUGGAAGUAAUCACACCUAAGUUUACCUUAAAAAAAUGCAUUUUCUUUUCCAAACAUACGAACUAGUAGCAGAAUUCCUGGAUUGAGCAGUAAAGCACAUAUCCAGGAAACAAUGCCCCUUACUGAGAGGUUUAGAAGAGUGGUCGAGUUUGCAAGUGACACUACAAAUACUGGAUGUUGGUGACAUUCAUCUGGAUUGUGAAGCAAUCAAAGAGCUUGAAACUUGUAUAUUUAGAAUGGGAUGGGCACGUUUAUACUGCAGUUGAACAUGCACUGCUGGUCUGUGGCAGCCGAUUUGUGGGGCUUAGGCUACUGGGCUAUACAAUUGCCAUGUAGACAUUUGGGCUCGGGCUUGAACCUGAGCUGGAGAACCCUCCCCACCUUAUGGGAUCCCAGAGCUCAAGCUCCAGCCCAAGCCUGAACAUCUACACUGUAGUUUUGCAGCCUGAGUCAACUGACACAGCCAGCCAUGGAUGUUUAAUUGCUGUGUAGAGUUACCUAGUUCCAACAGUGGAGAUGAGUUCACCAUCUCUCCCGGUGUACUUUCUUUCCUAUAAUGAAACCUGCCAUUCAUAACAGGCUGAACCAUUGUAGAGAUGACAAGAAAUGGUGUAAAUGACAAUUACAUUUAGCCUGAAUUUCAGCGUACAUUGCAGCAUGCAAGCCCUGGGAGAUUGGUGGCAUUCUAUGCUACAAUUUUCAUUACAUGUAACAUAUUCAAGAAGCAAUCUGGCCCCUUUUUGUACUCUUCUGAUGGUCAAAAGAACCUAAUCUAUUAAGUUAACCAUGCAUAAAAUGCUUUUUAAAAACACCAAACCUAGGCAGAAAUCCUAAUUAAAACUCUAACAAAAGGUUUGAUUUUUGGAUGUCAUCAAAGGAAGAUGUAACUCUUUCUUUGUUUUCAUGAGGCUAGAAAGUUUAUAGUACUACCCCUAUCUAUUUCAAAUCUGAUGGCGUAUACACCUUAAAUGCCACAUUUUUGAUGUUCUGUUGUACUCUGUUCUGCUUAUUUGUAUGGUGUUCUUUGCCUCCCCAACCCCCUUUUCUUUAAUUAACUGAACAGCAGGUAUUUGGAAAAAGAUUGCAGAUAUAAGCGUAGUGGCUAUACUUUGGAAAAAUAUACACUUGUGAGUUUUUAAUAGCUUUAUCCAGGAAAUGUGAAAUUGAUUUAUAAGACUGGUGUGUGACUGUAUAUAAUGGAAGAAUAUUAGAAUAUUCUUUUAAAUAGUGUACUUUCAUGUUUCUCCUAAGGGGGUUUUGCAAAAUGCUAUAAAAAUUACUUGCAAUCAUUUAGCUAUUUUUAGUCCACUAUUCAUUAUUAGCAUUGAUAAUUUACUUAGAAGGUUUGCUGAUGACUGGGAUCAAGCCUAAACAUACAGUCAUUAUUUUCUUAAAUGUCCAGUCACUUUCAGUUUCCCAUGUGUUGAUUACAUUUGCAUUGUUUUAAUGAUUGUAUUAUAAGGGAAAGAGUUGUGUUUUACAUGAUACUCAAAGGAUGUUUGUAAAUCAUACUGUCAGUUCAUUUUGUAAAUCACAUUGUAAACCCAAGGGUAAUUCAAUUGGAGGAGACAGUCAGUGGGCUGACAUACAAAAGGGAAUGAUUUAAAACUUGUGGGCCUCUAAAUAAACUCUUAUGUACA